AUCCAUGCCGUCAUCUCUCCUUUACUCUUGGAACAUCUCAACAAGGGAAAACCAGGACUGACGCAACGGUUUGUUGAGGCCCUCACGUUUAUCAGCUUCAAACUGAACAAUCUAUUCAUCAUGGAGAAAGAUAAACAACGCAAAAACAGCAGUGGCGUCAAACAGCAAAUUACACAGUUCCAAUUGGCAUUGGUCGUGGGCAUAUUUGCACUUCCGCAGGUUGUCAUCCAGAUUGUGGCAUUGAUCGUCCAACCACAAAAACGCGUCAUUGACUUUAACAGCGACGAAAGUGUGGGCCGCGCCACAUGCAGUGCUGGCGUCGACACCGCCAACAAUCUCGUCAUGUACAGCUUCUUUCUCCUAGUAGCGCUGGUCAUCAUCUUGCUGUUCAUGGCACAUUCGAGCCGCAAACUGCCGUCGCUCUUCAACGAAACGCAUGUCAUCUACGAUUCUACCUUUCUCAGCAUUGUUUUGCUGUGCUUGGGCGGUGCCAUCAUGGCGCUCACCGACAAUCCCAACACCAGUCCCGACGUGGAGUAUUUGGUUAUGCUCGUGUUGAUUCUUUCCAUCACUCUCAACUCGGCACUCCGAAUCAUGGUACCAAAGCUCAAAAAGGUGUGGAAAGGUGAUGUUGUUGUUGUCUCGAAACUGGUCACAGAUCAUCACAGGAAGACCAGAGAAAAGCAAGCAGGAAGGGCUUCUGUGAGGGCUUCCGGAAGAGGAUCAGUGACCGGAAUACAUGUAUCCGGUAUGGAUAUGUCCAACUCCAGAUACGGUAUGGAUAUGUCCCACUCCAGAUACAACAACAACCUCCACGGGAGUUUUGCUGGCGGGGACUACGAUUUGGGUCAGACCAAUCGACUCAUCACCACACAUUCAAACAGCUGUGACACCGGCCUUAUGGGCCGUAGGAGCUCAAUGGAUGAAAGCACUAAUUUCAACAGCAGCAAUGGGGAGCAACAACAAUUCCAUGCCAGCAACAGUGAUCCUGAAGGGGCCGACCUUAUCAGCGCUAUGUUGGAGCCCGACGUGGGCACGCCGGUGAUGCUGGAGGACCACCUCGAUGUCGUGAAAGAAGAAGACGAAGGAAUGGCUGCAGCGUCAAAGGAAUGCUUUACUAAGAGCGACAAAAACGCUGAGCCAGCGAGCUCCACAGAGCUGGAAGCCGAUGUGGAGUCGGGCGGGUCAUCUGAAUCGGCAACAGCAGCAAAGCAACCGCAGGACCAAGCUCCAGCGGAACGUGAUGACAACGACUUGCCGGCCGCGGGUGGCGGCACGAUGGACGAUGUCGUGGAUAUAGAGGCAGCGGCCACCUUGGAGAACGGUGCGGGAACGGAUGAUGAAGGUGACGGUAAGAAGCACUCGUUUUUGGAGCAGCGCACAAGUAGUUUCUUCCGGCAUGCCAUGGCGCAGGCAAAGGGGCUUUCAGGACUCUCAGGACUCUCAUCGUGGACACUGUCGCAAAAGAGUUUGAACCAGAGUGACCACGAUAAAAAGAAUUCUCCAAAGAGCGGCGCAUCUCCAAGGCGAGGCGUUUCUCCAAAGCGAGGUGUUUCUCCAAAGAGAAGCCCACCGCGGAAGGGCAUGCCCAAGAGGCGUCUUGCCACACGCAUUGUUGUCACCGAGGAUGAAACUCCUGCACGCCGUUUGGUGCUGAAGAUGCUGGAUCUUCAAGAUCAGUUGGAAGAGAUCAACAACAAAAUCAUGAGUGGCUUGGCGGUGACACAAGAUGACUGGAAGGUUGUUUCGAAACUAACGUCAAAACUGGAUCGAACCUUCCAGGACGAAGUCGAGUUCGAAUGGGAUGUCGAGAAGAAAUACGAGGACGGUUUAAAGGAAGUCUUGCCAGCAGAUAUGAGUGGUCGUAGCUUGGUCGCGGAUGAGAUCCCCCAAAGAAGAACUCGAAGUUCGAGAGCUCCAAGACGCAGCGUUAGCACCCCUGGUGCAAGAUCAGUUUCGCCGGUGGCAAGCCGUUCGAGAGCGACUAUCCGAAAGUCUCAAUCAUCAAAAGUCACCACGACCACAAUCGAAGACAGUGAUCACCGGUCUGUUCGAUCGGCACACAGCUCACCGGAACUGGACAGUGUUACUUUUCAUGGGGCCAGCGACGAUCAAAUGUCGCCUCCAUCUGAACUGAAGCCAAUGAUCGACGAUAACCACAACCAAGGAAGGGAGGAGACGGCGGUCAGUUUGUUCUCUGACGAUGGUACGACGGAUGUGGUUUAG